UUUAUUUUGAUAUUUCCACGUUAUGAUCCAAAAGGGAACAUGGUAUACAGACGAGAUCACCGACGGCCCUACACGCAUCGGUUUCCAUGUUCUUGAAUCCACCCACCGCCUUCACCUACAUACAUUUUAUUUCCAUUGAAAUCCAUUAUUGCAACCCAACAAAUCUUUAAAAUUAUUAAAAAAGAAACCCUAAUUUUCCAUUUGAAGCGACCUAAAAGAGGACCAACUUGGAGCAUCGAGAGAGAAAGAGAAAAAGGUGAGCCAAGAAGGUAAAAUAAAAAGGGGUUUAUGCUUGCUUGAAGUAAAGGGUGUUCAUAUAUUCAUCAAUCAUCAUCAUCAUACAUACAUACAUACAUACAACAUGAUGAUGAUGAUGUGCAUUGGCAGCCAUGGAUGAUGCUUCAAGAACCUCCACUCCUUGCUUGGAUAUGGAAGGUUCAACGCUCGAAAACGACAUCCUCGGCUCAAAAUUGUACAUUAGUCUAGGCCUCAAAGGACAAAUGAACCAAAAUCCCGGAAACCCGAAAGCUCUAUCCUUUAUUUCUUCACUUCUUCAGAAAUCCGUCGAAAAGAAUGAAACAAUGUUGCAAACGACACAAACGAAAGAUGAGCUUAUCACGGUUUUUCAUGGCUCAAGAGCACCAACGCUUACUAUUCAACAAUACGUUGAUCGAAUUUUUAAGUACUCCCGUUGCAGCCCUUCCUGCUUCAUUGUUGCAUACGUAUACAUCGAUAGAUUUAUUCGAUCGGGAAAUAUUGUUGUGACGUCACUUAAUGUUCAUCGCCUUCUAAUCACGAGCGUAAUGUUAGCUGCAAAGUUCAUUGACGACGAAUUCUUCAAUAAUGCAUACUAUGCCAAAGUGGGAGGAGUUACAACAACAGAAUUGAACAGAUUGGAGAUGAAAUUUCUGUUUGGAAUCAAUUUUCGACUCUACAUAAGUCUUUCUACAUUCAAAAAGUAUUGUUUAGAGUUGAUGAACGAAGGUUCAGAAGAGACGGUUCAAAUAGAACGGCCGUUACAUGCCAACACCAUCACGAAGCUUAUGGAAUCAAAGAGAAUUAGCCGGAGAACGAUGAAUCGAGUUAUCAUCCCACAAUCGGAAUGCAUAUAAUAUGAAAUGAAUAUUUGAUAUUUUUUUGUAUAUGAUGUAAAAUUAGGGUCAUGAGUGUGAUGAAUGAUUCUUGUAUUCUUUAGAAAAUGGUUUGUAGGUAAACACUAAUGCCAUCUUUUGUGGUAGAAAAAGAGCCUACAUUCAUUAUGAAUAAGAGAUUCAACAAGUUCAGCUGGCCAAA